CCCCCUCCCAGGGGGAGCUUAAAUUAUGACCUCCUCCAGCAACUCGAAGAACCAUUAGAAGGAGAAGAAGAUUGACUUCUUAUGGAUGCUUAUGCUAGAAUGUGAGACUUCAAAGUCUCAAAGCCGAUUCUUCAGGCGGACUUUCAGGGAUGCUAACAAGGAUAGUACUAGUGUUGCUGGUUGUUCUUCUGGGAUGGGCUUAUCAGGCCACAAGGCCUCCCCCUCCAAAGAUAUGUGGAUCCCCAGGUGGUCCUUCUGUUACAUCACCCAGAAUUAAGCUAAGUGAUGGAAGGCAUCUUGCAUACAGAGAGAGUGGAGUCCCUAAGGAUAAGGCCAAAUACAGAAUUGUCUCCAUUCAUGGAUUUGGUGUCGCCAAAGAUUUCUCUUUACCUGCAUCUCAAGAACUUAUAGAGGAGCUGAGGAUAUAUUUUCUGUCAUUUGAUAGAGCUGGGUAUGGAGAUAGUGAUCCAAACCCAAAGAGAUCAGUGAAAAGUGAAGCAUUUGAUAUUCAAGAACUAGCUGAUCAGUUGGAGAUUGGAUCAAAGUUUUAUGUGAUGGGUUUUUCUAUGGGAGGUUACCCAGCUUGGAGUUGCCUUAAAUACAUACCACACAGGUUGGCAGGUUUAUCCUUAGUAGCUCCUGUUGUGAACUACUGGUGGUCUUCUUUUCCUGCCAAACUAUCAAUAGAGGCCUACAGGAAGCAGCUGUUGCAGGACCAAUGGACACUUGGGAUCGCACACUACGCCCCUCGACUGCUAUACUGGUGGAUGACUCAGAAAUGGUUUCCUUCCAGCGCUUUAGUGGAAGGGAACCCAGGGAUCUUCAGUAGCAAAGACAAAGAGAUCUUAAGCCAGAUUUCGAAAGCCUUUGGGCAGUUUAAAGAGAAAUCACAACAGCAGAGUGUCUUUGAAUCUCUUCAUCGAGACUUAAUGGUUGGUUUUGGUUCUUGGGAUUUUGAUCCUAUGGAUCUAAAUAACCCAUUCCCUCACGAAGAGGGUUGUGUUCACAUCUGGCAGGGAUACGAAGAUAGGCUCAUUCCAUCUCUCUUGCAGCGCUAUGUUGCGGAAAGGCUGCCUUGGAUCAGGUAUCAUGAGCUUUCUGAUCAUGGACAUUUCUUUUUUCUCAGCACAAGGUUUUCUGAUGCUAUGCUGAAGGCACUUGUCCUCGGAAGAGAAGAAGAACCCUCCACCUUACAAGCCUAGUUAAAGUAGUAAUCCUUUCCUUUCUUUCAUUAUUUAGUUAAGUUUACUUAGUUUUAUUCGUGGCUGCAAGGAAGUUCAUGUUCAACUUAGCCAUCCAAGCUUGGCGAAGGGAGCUUCCCUUUUAUUUUAUUUUAUCUUCUUUUUCUGAGAUCCUUGUACUGUUUGCACUAAAAAAAGAAAGAUAUAUGUUUUUACUCAUUCUA